AUGUCUAAGUCAUCAUCUUCCAAGUCCAGGGCUAGGACACAACCCCGGGAUAUCCCAGAUUUCAAUAUCCCAGAGACCAUGGAGGAGUGGGAAGAUUUGGUUGCUCGAGCAAAGCUCGAUAAGAUGACGAUCAACACUUUGCCCCAGGAGACGUUCAAAUCAGCCUCCCAGAUUCCAGGCGUUCGGGAACUAUUCGGGCUUCCCAAAUGGGUUUUUGAUAAAGUGAGCGAUAUCCCAGAAGGAGACGAAGGUGAAGAAGACAUGGAUAUGAUGUCUGCAUUCAGAUACGCCUUCCUAUCGAUUUUCAGAUACGAUCGCAAUAUAAUUGGCUUUGGAUACGUUGCGAUUCCAAGGGGUCUACGCGCGCACAAUGUCAAGAUUCCUCGUACGUGUCGGGACGCCAUGGAAGAUCCAUUUAAGCACCAUUGGGAGUCCGCCAUGCGUGUACAAAUCAACAAAUUGCAGGAACGUAAGGCGUCGGAGCAGACGAUGACCAUAGAAGAGAUACAUGACAGGGAUCGGGCAGAAAUUAGUCCCCCGGCCUCGAAACGUCUGCGUUGUCGGUCAGACACCACGUCGAGACCAGGGGGGGAAGAAGCCGCUCGAAAACUGAAGGAUCUUCCAGAUGCGAAAGAUGAAGCGACCCCGAACGCCGCGCUGGUCGUCUUUUUACAAUGCCUCACAGGGCUGGUGACCGGCCUCCCGAUCGAGUGCGUCCUGAAUAGGAUAUCUUUCACCCCGUUCUUUGGAAAGGGGGGUUAUAACACUGUCACCGAUGGGGUUUUGCGGGUCAGCAAGACGCUGGCCCCGCUUUCUAUUGUUGAGGUCAAGAAAAUGAUGCGAUAUAAGAGGACGGCAGCAAUCAUCAUGCAGGAGGGGUUCGAGCUGUUGGGAUGGUUGAAAGAAUCAUCCCACAGCCUCCCGGCAUUCAACAACCACCUUCUCCUGGUCUCCCAGGACCGACACAAGAUUUUCUUGACGUUUGCGGCUUACACCCAGGCCUAUAAGGAGUAUCUUGGAGGAGAGGAGGCCAAGGCCGAUUCAUUCCUCGUCAUGAAGGCGUUUGGGCCAUGGCGCACGUGCGACCCUGCUCAGAUGAACGAAUUUGGGCAAUUUUUGCUCGCAAUUGUCUGA